GGGGGUGCGUUGCCCGGAGACGGAAAGUUUGGGAGCCAGAGCAGGCUCAGCAGCGGCCCCGGGAAGGGGGUCCAGGGGGUGGUGACCCUGGGGAUGGGGAAGGAGCAGGAGCUGCUGGAGGCGGCCCGCACCGGGCACCUCCCGGCGGUGGAGAAGCUGCUGUCCGGGAAGCGGCUCUCCUCAGGCUUCGGGGGCGGCGGCGGCGGUGGCGGCUCCGGGGGCGGCAGCGGCGGCGGUGGCGGCCUGGGCUCCUCGAGCCAUCCCCUCUCCAGUCUGCUCAGCAUCUGGAGAGGGCCCAAUGUGAACUGUGUUGACAGCACGGGGUAUACCCCUCUGCACCACGCUGCUUUGAAUGGCCAUAAGGAUGUAGUCGAGGUUCUUCUGAGGAACGAUGCACUGACCAAUGUGGCUGAUUCUAAAGGCUGUUACCCGCUGCACUUAGCAGCCUGGAAAGGAGAUGCCCAGAUAGUACGGCUGCUCAUCCAUCAAGGGCCCUCACACACCAGAGUCAAUGAACAGAAUGCUCUUGAGAUCAAAGAACUCAAAAAGUACGGCCCCUUUGACCCUUAUAUCAAUGCCAAGAACAACGAUAACGAGACUGCCCUGCACUGCGCUGCACAGUACGGCCACACGGAGGUGGUAAAGGUCCUCCUGGAGGAGCUGACGGACCCCACCAUGCGCAACAACAAGUUCGAGACGCCUCUGGACUUGGCUGCGCUCUACGGGAGGCUGGAGGUGGUGAAGAUGCUGCUCAACGCGCACCCCAACCUCCUGAGCUGCAACACUAAGAAGCACACCCCCCUGCACCUGGCCGCCAGGAACGGCCACAGGGCUGUGGUCCAAGUGCUGUUAGAUGCUGGCAUGGACAGCAACUACCAGACGGAGAAGGGCAGUGCUUUGCAUGAGGCUGCUUUGUUUGGCAAGACCGAUGUGGUGCAAAUCCUGCUGGCUGCAGGAAUCGAUGUCAACAUAAAAGAUAACCGUGGACUGACGGCCCUAGACACUGUCCGGGAACUGCCUUCUCAAAAGAGCCAGCAGAUAGCAGCACUCAUUGAAGAUCACAUGACUGGAAAAAGAAGUGCAAAAGAGGUAGAUAAAGCUCCCACACCCCAGCCACCUCUCAUCUCCAACAUGGACUCCAUAUCCCAGAAGUCUCAGGGUGAUGUAGAGAAAGCAGUGACUGAACUGAUCAUCGACUUUGACACGAACGCUGAGGAGGAGGGUCCCUACGAGGCGCUAUACAAUGCCGUCUCCUGCCAUUCGCUGGACAGCAUGGCCAGCGGGCGGUCAUCUGACCGGGACUCCGUGAACAAGGAGGCUGAGGCAGCAGGAGUAGUGAAAGCUGCUGGUGUGAGGCCUAGAGAACGUCCACCGCCUCCAGCAAAGCCACCCCCCGAUGAAGAGGAGGAAGACCACACAGAUAAGAAGUUUCUUCCCUUGACAACGUCUGAGGCCUUGGCCCUAAGACCCCGGACUCAGGGGAGGACAGCCAGGGAGGAGGACGAGCACCCUUAUGAGCUCCUGUUAACAGCAGAGACAAAGAGGCUGGCGUCAGUGGACGGAAAAACAAAAGACCACAGGCGGAGCGGCAGCAGCCGGAGCCAGGACUCUGCGGAGGGGCAGGACGGGCAGGUCCCCGAGCUGUUCUCAGGUCUCCUGCACGGCUCCUCCCCGGUGUGUGAAGUGGGGCAGGACCCUUUCCAGCUGCUCACUGCCACUGGCCAGAGCCAUCCUGAAGGGUCCCCCGCGCAGGGCGCCUGCCACGAGGCCAGCAUGCAGCUGGAAGAGACGGGUGUGCACGCUCCUAGAGGCUCCCCGCCCAGUGUCCUGGACCCGAGUAAGACAGCAAGCCACCCAGCAGGCCUGCCCACCGCCAACAGCCAAUCGCACCCCGAAACUUUGACUCACACAGCAUCUCCACACCCUGGCGGUGCCGAGGCAGAAGGAGACCGGAGCGGGGCCAGAAGCCGAGUCCCUCCCACCAGUAAGCCCAAAGCUGAACUCAAACUCAGCCGCAGCUUGUCCAAGUCUGACUCUGAUCUCCUGACCUGCUCACCCACGGAGGACGCGAUGGGGAGCCGGAGCGAGUCCUUGUCCAACUGCAGCAUCGGGAAGAAGAGGCUGGAGAAGUCACCCUCCUUCGCCUCGGAGUGGGAUGAGAUUGAGAAAAUCAUGAGCUCUAUUGGAGAAGGGAUCGACUUUUCUCAGGAACAACAGAAGAUCUCAGGUUCGCGGACGCUGGAGCAGAGCGUCGGGGAGUGGCUGGAGGCAGUUGGGCUGCAGCAAUAUGAGAGCAAGUUGCUUCUGAAUGGCUUUGACGAUGUCCGCUUCCUGGGGUCUAACGUGAUGGAGGAGCAGGACCUGCGGGAGAUCGGCAUCAGCGACCCACAGCACCGGCGGAAGCUGCUCCAGGCCGCACGGUCCCUGCCCAAGGUGAAGGCUCUGGGCUAUGACGGGAACAGCCCCCCGUCGGUGCCCUCCUGGCUGGACUCCCUGGGGCUGCAGGACUACGUCCAUUCCUUCCUGUCCAGUGGCUACAGCUCCAUCGACACUGUGAAGAACCUCUGGGAACUGGAGCUGGUCAAUGUCCUAAAGGUUCACCUGCUCGGCCAUCGCAAGCGCAUCAUUGCCUCCCUGGCUGACAGGCCCUACGAGGAGCCGCCCCAGAAGCCCCCGAGGUUUUCCCAGCUGAGGUGCCAAGACUUGCUCUCCCAGACGUCGUCCCCCCUGAGCCAGAAUGACUCCUGCACUGCACGGUCCGCCGACCUGCUGCUACCUCCAGGGGACACGGGCAGAAGGCGGCAUGACAGCCUUCAUGACCCUGCAGCACCCUCUCGAGUGGAACGCUUCAGACUCCAGGAAGAGCACCGCGAGGCCAGGCUGACCCUCCGGCCCCCCAGCCUUGCUGCCCCCUAUGCCCCUGUGCAGAGCUGGCAACACCAGCCGGAGAAACUCAUCUUCGAGUCCUGUGGUUAUGAGGCCAACUAUCUGGGCUCCAUGCUGAUCAAAGACCUUCGAGGGACAGAAUCCACACAAGACGCCUGUGCCAAGAUGCGGAAAUCCACCGAGCACAUGAAGAAGAUCCCUACCAUCAUCCUGUCCAUCACGUACAAAGGUGUCAAGUUCAUCGAUGCCUCCAACAAGAACGUCAUUGCGGAGCAUGAGAUCCGGAACAUUUCCUGUGCGGCCCAGGACCCAGAGGACCUGUGUACCUUCGCCUACAUCACCAAGGACCUGCAGACCAGCCACCACUACUGCCACGUGUUCAGCACGGUGGAUGUGAAUCUGACCUACGAGAUUAUCCUGACGCUGGGGCAGGCGUUUGAGGUGGCCUAUCAGCUGGCCCUGCAGGCCCAGAAGUCCAGGCCCAUGGUGGCCUCUGCCACUGAGAUGAUCGAAACGAAAUCUUCCAAACCGGUGCCUAAGCCUCGUGUCGGCAUGAGGAAGUCAGCAGUGGAACCGCCCGAUACGGACCCAGAUGCCCAGUCCCACGCCAGCGUCUCCUGGGUUGUGGACCCCAAACCAGACUCUAAACGGAGCCUCAGCACCAAGUAUGAGACCACUAUCUUCUAACCACCCACUCCCUGUCUCCACUAGUCUCACUGUGCCUUGCCAUCCGAUCUUUCUGCUGUUCUCAACUCUCCUUCCAGCUGCGGACGCCAAGGCCCCACCCCCCCUGGGACCUGCUCUCCUGGGCAGCAGCUCUAGACACUGCACUCACAGCUUGUACCUAACACCACCGGACACUGUGAAUUCCCCCCUUGGGCAAGGACAGCUUGGGGUGGGGGUGAGUUGCCUUUGAGGUGGGCACCAAGAGUGCUAAGGGGCCCUGCUGUGCCCAGAAGCCUCAGGGGGCAGGCACUGACUCCUGAGGGACGGGGGCAGUCUUCAAGCAGAGUGCACACAACACCAGUGACAGCUCGCUCUGGCCGGGCUGGGCUCCCUGUCGGCUCUCCUCUCCUGUUUUCUAUGCUGAGCCACAGCUGGGUGCGCUGCUAAGAGCUAACUGUCUGUUUGCACCUUUCUUGACACAACCGACCACUGUGACCACCUGGUGCCAGAGUCCCCUUGCACUGUGCUCACAGCCAGCUGUGGCCCUUCUCCUGUGCUCUUAAGGUGCUGGCCUACCCCCCCCGGAGACCCUGAGCUCCGCGAUAUAGCUGGAGCAGGGUCAGACUGCUUUCUGUGAGGGCCCAGGGCCCGUGCCAGGCCCUUGGGCACAUGCCUGGCUCCAAGGCGUGGAGCACUGCGCAUCUGAACACCACAGGCCGGCUUCACUCAUCAGGGCUCUUGGUCCUGGUGGCUCUUCCACUCCGAGGAAUGGGAUGGCAUGUGUGUGGUUGGCCCCUCCUGACUUCACCAGUGAGUCACAAGGCUGGCUCUGGAGUGUAGCUCACCGAGCAGGAAGGCCUUUCCAUAGGACAGCAGGAGAGAGGCCUGUGCCCUGCACACACGGUGCACCUUCCUCCCUCACGGACGGAGCUGCUCAAGGGCAGGGACCUGGACUGAGCCACUUCCAUUGUCCUCCGGAAGUUUUCUGACCCUGCUCCAAAGUGUGGGGACCCAAAAUAGUCUUCAUCCGGUCCCUUCCCUGAUCACCCGCCCUCAGCCUCUGGCUCUCCUGAGAAAGGAGGCUGUGCAGGGUGUCACCUCAAAGCAGCUCAGCAGCUGGGAUGGUGGAGUUGAGGCUUUGAAGAAGCCCCACGCUCUCCCCACGGGCAAAUCAGCUUAGAUGGCAGGAGACAGGACAGAAGCAGUUCCUGUAGGAGGCAGUGCAAACAGCGUAGUCUAGCAAAAAAGCCAGCAAGUCACAGCAGCUACUUUAGAAUUGGAGCCCAAGUUGAUGAACCAGGGUGGGUCCUUCUGCGUCCCUGCCUGUCCUUGUGCCUUCCCGAGCAGAUGCGCUGAGCCAGAGGUGACAGUGGGCAGUGGGUCGUGGGCACCCGGAGCAGGCCACAGGGUGCUCGGGGGAGGCUGUGAGGGUCCUUCUGUUAUGCCUCUGUGUUUCCUUUCCGUCUCCUCCGCCUGUGCAGGCCCCUUCGGUUAACCCUUUCCUCCCCCCGUUGUGUUUGCUUCUGCCAAGCUGAGCCACUGAGGAGCCAACUCUGCUGCGGAAACACAGACGUGGGGGCACAGGCUCCCACCACCACCACCGUCACCUGCAGCUUUGAGGACCCAGGCCCACCUCUGCCUGUAGGACCUUCUUGGCUGCUCAGCCGGGGCCUGCCACCACCAGGCCCUGCAAAGCGAGCCCUGCCCCGGCUGCAGAGACGCACUCCAGGCCUCUGGCAGAUGAGACUGGAACGCCAGAGGGUCACGAAGGGACUUGUCCAGAACACAUUUUGUAAUAGAAAAAAUUUUUUUAUAAAAUGAACUUUUAACACUUGGCUCAAACCUCUAGGUUAAACUGCCACCCUUUAGACAAGUGGCCGUAGGAUCAGAGGACAGGAGAGCUGAGACUGGUAGGAGGCCAUCUGGCCAGCCUCUGUCCUCAGGACGGGGGUUGGCGAGGUCCAGGUCCAGUGGGGCUGAGAAGGCCGCGCCUGGGGGUGGGUGAGACGAGCAGCACAGGGCAUAGCUGACGAGGUUUGGUUAGAGUCUGCUCUUCAAACCCAUCCAGCUCCAUUGGCGUUCCUUGUGAACUGCGUGACUUCUUGUCCCUCUCUUGACCUGGGCACAGCCUCUGCAGUAAGAACAGCCUCAGGCACCUGGUGAACACAGAGGCAUCCUGUCCAUGUCUGGGGUUCCAGAUGUGAAGGCCCAGAGGCCACGUGGAGAUGAGCGAGCAGUUCCUGGCGCCAUGACGUCUGAGCCCGUGCCUGGCGCUGGGGCCACUCCGUGGUCUCCGGCCUGCGGGUGGUCAGAGCACUGCCCUGGGCUGCUGGGCCCACGAGCUCUCUGGUGACCUCAGGCUGCCUGAGUUGGGUCAGAAAGGACAAAAGAAACCUUUUGGGGGGCAUUAACGGGUAGGCCAGCUGAGAUUGCUGCCUGCCAGUGUGUGGCUUGUCUAAGCAGGUCUCUGUGGUUAGGGCUCACUUGAUCCUCUGAAUUAUUGGUUUGACUGUUGUAUUUUCAGCUGCUGGGCUCGUCCCUGGCUCCAAUGUAGAAGAGGCUUCCUAAGGUGACAGACGGUUUGCUUCUCGCCCCCCCCCCCCCCCAGUGUGGCCUUCAGGGCAGGCUGGCACCCUGGUGUACCGCUGCCACUUCCGCCCUCCUGCUGGCUCGCUUUGCUUUGUAUCUGUGGUCGUGUCCUCCUCCCAGACUGUAGUAGCAACAAAGGGACUAAUUCCAGUGAGGCAGAGAGGCAGAGCCAGGCAGCUACCCGUCCAGUACCUUCCCGAGUAGGGAGCAGAGAGGAGCCGUUCCGUGGGUAGUUCAGCGGGACUCAGGCCUGGCUGGCACGCUCGGUCUGGCCCAGGAUCGGCACCCCGGGUUUCAGCAGCACUUCUUUCCCAGCAGAGUUUGGGAAUUGUUCUGUGCUGUGCGCAUGUGUGGGGAGAGUGCCCUCGGGCACAUCCACAACCCUUGUGGUGGGUCAGAAAUUGAAAGCGGGGCGAGUCUUCCUGCUGAUGUGAGGCUGAGACCCAUGGGUUCCUCUCUGCUGAGCCGUCCCACACCUUAGGCCCUGGGGGUCACCUCCCCUCUGCAGUAGAGGCAGGAGAGCCUCCACUUUUCGGUACUAGACAGGAGCAUCGACACCUGGAAGUUUGACUUGACUUCCUGCUUCUUCCCGGGCCUGUGAGGAUUCCCAUCAGCUCACACUGUACAGGGUUCGGCCCCAACUUUCUUCCAAGAAUUGACAAGGCACCGGAGCUGGCUGGGUGCCGCUGCUGGUGUGCUCUGCCGUGCCGAGGAAGGCCAGGUCUCUUCUAAGCAAGCCUCUCGGUGUAGGUGGGAGGUCCAAAAACAAAACUGUAGACACUACAAUGAGCUCCUCACGCUUUUUGUUUGAAAGUCAGAUGUAGGUUGUUUCUUCCCCUUGAAGCUGCUAUAUCUUUAUUUAUUCAGGGUAUUUUCAUAUUGGAAAGCCUUGGCUAGUCUGCUCUGGCUCAUGAUUGUUUUGAGAUGGGUUUAUUUCUGAAUAUUCCAGAAAGGAAAGGACUGGAUCUUCCUUUUUUACUUUUCCCUGGGGCGGGUACUCUCCCUUCCCUGGAAAGGAAUAUUAUAACUUUAAGGACAGGCUGCAAGUGGAAAAGGCCCUGCUUCUGCGUCUGUGAGUGCAGGUCACGUGAUGUGACCAACCCCAUCGCUGCGUGUCUGAACUGUUGGGAGCCUGUUUAGCUGGGACUUGAAAUGGGGUUGUUCCUGUCACCAGCACAGGCACCUCUGGUUGCCUCUUGUUGGCUUGCCAGCUGCUGAGCAGGACUCCCCUCCUGCAGGCUCUGCGUGUGCAGCACUCCGCACCCCUCGUGGCUUCUAAGCGUCAGAUUCUGGGGAGCCCUUGAGAAGCCUCGGGCCGAGCAGGCAGCAGGCACAGUUGCGGUCACCCAGAGGCUAGAAAGCUGGUCCGACCUUGGUCUGUGUCUGAGAUACCCAGGCCUGCAAAACGACUGUCACAAAAGUAUUGUUGCUAAUGGUGUGGCAAUGGGACUGAAUUGUAAUAAAAAUGUUAUUUAAUCUUGGUCUCUGUAUUUUGAUACUUGAAUGACUUCCCCUUUUGUUUUGCUGUACAUAUCAUUGUUAAUCUGUCCACUUUUGUCUGAAUUACGAACAUCUUGUGGUACCAAACAUAACCGAUCUGUGCAACAACAUAGACUGACCUCACUACACGAGAGUGUAAAUAUUCCUGGGCUUCCAAGCUUUGGUUUUGUUAUUUUCAUAACUGUACAAUUUAGAACAGACUGAAUUAAUAAAUGAGAAGCAACACGAAACCA